AUGAAGGGUUCUGCCAUUGCGACAACCCUCACCUUGGGUGCCUCCGCCGUCCUCGCCGCUCCGUCCAUCAAGGCGCGUGAUGAUGUGACCGCUGUCACCGUGAAGGGAAAUGCCUUCUUCAAGGGCGACGAGCGUUUCUAUAUGCGUGGUGUCGACUACCAGCCCGGUGGUUCCUCUAACCUGGCCGACCCCAUCGCCGAUGUCGACGGCUGCAAGCGUGACAUCGAGAAGUUCAAGGAUCUCGGUCUGAACACCAUCCGUGUCUACUCCGUGGAUAACUCCAAGAACCAUGACGAAUGUAUGAACGCCUUGGCGGAUGCUGGCAUCUACCUGGUGCUCGAUGUCAACACUCCCAAGUACUCUCUCAACCGUGCCAGCCCCAAGAUCUCCUACAAUGAAAACUAUCUGCAGUACAUCUUCGCUACUGUCGAUGCCUUCGCCGGCUACAAGAACACUCUGGCUUUCUUCUCCGGUAACGAGGUCAUCAAUGACGGCCCCUCCUCCAAGGCUGCCCCCUACGUUAAGGCGGUCACUCGUGACCUCCGUCAGUACAUUCGCAGCCGCAACUACCGUGAAAUUCCUGUUGGAUACUCUGCUGCCGACAUCGACACCAACCGUCUCCAGAUGGCCCAGUUCAUGAACUGUGGUACCGAUGACGAGCGCAGUGACUUCUUCGCUUUCAAUGACUACUCCUGGUGUGAUCCUUCCUCUUUCACCACUUCCGGUUGGGACAAGAAGGUGGAGAACUUCACUGGUUACGGUCUUCCCCUGUUCCUUUCGGAGUACGGCUGCAACACCAACAAGCGUCAGUUCCAGGAAGUCAGCUCUCUGUACAGCACCGAUAUGACCGGCGUCUACUCUGGUGGCCUGGUCUACGAGUACUCCCAGGAGCCCAGCAAAUACGGUCUUGUUGAGAUCAACGACAACAAGGUUAAGACUCUGGCUGACUACGAUGCUCUGAAGUCCGCCUUCGAGAAGACCAGCAACCCCAAGGGCGACGGUGGCUACAACAAGACCGGUGGUGCCAACCCUUGCCCCGCCAAGGAUUCCCCCAACUGGGACGUUGACAGCGAUGAUCUGCCUGCCAUCCCCGAGGGUGCUAAGAAGUUCAUGAAGGACGGUGCUGGCAAGGGUGAGGGUUUCGCUGGCAAGGGUAGCAUGAGCGGUGGUGGUAGCACCUCGACCGGCACUGCCGAGCCCGGCUCCGGUUCUGCCACUGGCAGCUCCGGUAGCUCCUCCGGAACCUCUUCCUCUUCCUCGGCUGCUGGUGUCCUGAACAUCCCCAACAUGUCCCUGGCUCCUCUCGUUGUUGGCAUGGUCACGGUCAUGUCCACCUUCGUGGGUGCUGGCAUUGUUCUUGUUUAA